AGAGAGCAAAGGGAACAAACUUUUCUCUCUUGGCUGCUUCCAUUUGGACUUUUUCACAUUUCAUCAAAGACGUCAGUGUUGACAGAGCGGACACAAGGGAGGAUCAUUUGUUUGCUUUACUAGUUAAAGAGUUACUUUUCUGUUUUUAUGACCAGCAGAAGUUAUUUAGGUUUGUUGUUCUUUGCAUUUUUAUCUGAUUAUUGCUUCACUGUCUGAGCUUUGAAGAAGGCGUGACCACACAUCUGAAAUCCCUCCAAACUUAGCUGCAGCUCUCUCCAGCUCAUGGGAGUGUGAAACUGGACUGAGACACACACACACACACACACACACUCAUACACACAUAUACACACACACACCUGUUGUUGCUGAGGAUUCCCCAAGAGCGCAGUCAUGGGCAUCUGCGUCACUAUUGCUUGAGGGAAUCUGUGCGUCCGUGCAGCUGUUAUCUGGUGGUAGCCUCGGCGAAUGUUACAGUAGAAGUUGACCUGCCAGUCCACAGAAGAGGGGGGAGAUGUCAUCCUACUACCCGCGCACCAAGGACCUGACUCGCACCAGGAAGUCACUGACAGAGUCACCGCCGUCCUCUCCGUCCCCUACAGACAAAAACUACAGACAUGACAGACUGUCAAGAUAUGACUCCAGUGGGGAGAGUGCGACAGACAAACCACUGGGCCGCACCAGCUCUUACACUCGGAGAGAGACAAGGCUGGCUGCUCUGAACAGACAGGAGCAAGACUCCACUACCAAAGACUAUAAGAAGAUGUAUGCAGAAGCUUUGCAUGAGAACGAGAAGCUAAAGUCCAGGUUGCAGGACAGCAAACAUGAACUGGCCAAGAUUCGGUCCCAGCUAGAGAAAGUCACCCAGAGGCACGACAGAAUAUCAGAGAGAUCUUCAGUACUUGAGUCGGAGAAAAGGGAAAAACAAGCUCUUGAGAAAAGAGUGUCAAACAUGGAGGAUGAGUUAAAGCAGGAUGCCCCACUGCGGUUCCGCUGUGGGUACCAGCCCUGAGAGCAGGUUGUCUCAGGGGAGGGGGGAUGAUCCUAACAGAGCUCAAGUCAGACAACCAGAGGCUCAAGGAUGAGAACGGGGCUCUCAUCCGAGUCAUCAGCAAACUGUCCAAAUGAAAAAGAUGUCUGAAGCUCCUGUUCUGUGUCUGUGGACUCUCCAACCCUGAUAUGGCAGUUUAAUUAUCCAUGAUGUCCCAAGUUGUGACUCCUCUCUGAGUUAUGGUGAUGGCUGCUUUGCAGAAAUAAAUUCCAGUUGGGGACGUGUGAGGAUCCAAAGAGAAGAGUCAAAUUUCACUGUGUGCUAUGAUGGGAGUUACAACAAGUGUUGCUACAUGAUUAGUUAUUGUUAUUUUGUAAUACCAGUAUUUCACUUUAAUCAAAUAGGGACCAGUCGUACUGUUUUGAGCGACCUUUUUAAGGCCCACUUCAAACUGAUCCAGGGGUUUGCAUGAAGGUACUGUUCAUAAUAUUAUACCCACACAUCACAUUAAGUUUGUUGCUACAUAAUGCACUGCAGAAAACUAUUUUAAUGUUGUCUUAAUUGUGAAAGAAGAGAGAAAGGGCCUCAAUAUUCACUUUAGAAUGGAGAUAUAUUAUGUUUUAUGAUUUCAAUCAGAAUUUAUCACCACACAGGUUAAAUGACGCCCAGCCAAGCGACAAACAGGCAGUCUGGUUCCAGAGGUAAACACUAGAUAUUGAUAUCAAGUAGGGCUGGGUUAUGGUAUCAACCGAAAUAAGUCAGAACUACAUAGUAUCGUAAAGCUUCCAGUCAACCGAUACAUGCAUUUGAUCCUUUUCGUGCCAAUGGUCUGAUCCCGAACCAGUCUUGACUCCCUCCUGGAUCAGCAAACUUUCUGUUGCUGCCAUCUCCGGAGCCGCUCUCCUGCUAGCGAACAGUCAGUUGAAUGUCUGCCAGGUUAGAAUGAGCUAACACAGCAGCAGCGGCUUACAACCAAUACUGAGCUGUUAAAUGCCCCCACCAAACUCACUCCGAGACCGAAAUGGCUUGACUCUAUCAUUAAACCCAUUGAUAACUGUGAGGUAACGAUGCUAACAGUUAGCCCCGUCACUGGUCCCCAGCAGCUACAACCCAUACAUCUGUGGUCUGGUGAAGUCGAGCACAGUGUAUUUCAUGGCGUUGGCAGUUCAGCGGGCCAAGAUGACACGAAAAUGUUUGAAAGUAUGGCUAUGCCUCUCUGCUCAGAACUCUGUUGGUAUCAUUUUAUGGGUUCUGGUAUCAUAAUGUUUCAAACAAUACCUACCCAGCCCUAAUACGAAUCCACCAAGGCACCUCAGUAGCAACAACCAUCGAAGCCAGCACAGAAGUGCUGAAAGACGCACUUUUCUGACGGCAAAUAGACUAAGAAUGUAUUGACAUUAAAGAGAAACUUCUCUCAUACAUUUUUAUAUGAGCUGUGAUGUAAAACGUAUCAUUUUGAACAUUUUUACUCUAUGAUAAAGAUAUUAAGGCUCAAUAAGACGUUAACUUCCCUUUAGCAAACCUGUAACCCAUUUCAAAUUGCUAGAAUACAUUUUUUAUGACAUUUUGAUAAUUAGAUUUUAUGAUAAACCCCACUGCAUUUAGUAUUUGAAUGCGACCGUAUGCUUGCCCUGACAGGCAAAGUACGGAGUAUAUGCACUUUGUAUAGAGUGGAUAGUGCUGAUCUUUCAUCACUAGCAGCACUUUAUUAUCUUCAGACUGGUUUCAGUUAUUAUGAUAAUGUAAUUUAGUGUUUGCCAGAUUAUGUUCAUUAGUUCUUUGUGUGGUUUCAGUAGCCAUUUUUAAUUAGUUUUUUUCCCUUUUAUAGAGGAUUUUUUAUCCAGUGGCUUCAAAACAGCAUAUCGGCUACACAGAGACAGUCCAAGUGUGUGUGAUAGAAAGUGUCCUAUGUUCUGUAAUAGAGAUAUAUUUAUUUAUUUAUGCAUUUCUUAGUUCUAAUCUUUCUACGUUUGUUUACUAGAUGUUCUUUCAAAGGAAUACACUGAUUAUUUUGGUUGACCUCUGGGUCAUCUUACUGUUUGGUGAUGAAGAUAAACACCAAAAUAAUCCUCUGGUAGAUGUACUGUAAAUCAUUUCUGACAUUCUAACCUCCACAGUGUUGUAUGACUUUAAAGGGUACAGUUAACCACAUCAUGAAAAAUACAUGUUUUUAAUUUUACCUUUAGUGCCAUUCAGUCUAGACUGUUGGUGUGAGUUGCUGAAUGUUGGACAUAUCUCCUGAAGAGAUGUCUGCCUCCUCUCGAAUGGAACUGGAUGGCACUCAGCUUGUGGUCCCCAAAGCACCAAAAAUUUUGAGAUACAUUUGAGAAACUUGACAGCAAUGUCUCUUUCCAGAAAUCAUGACCCGGUUACUCAAGAUAAUCCACACACCUUGUUGUGAGCUGUUUUAAGUAGGAACUAUUUUCUUGCUCCCGAACUACACCCGCCACCUGUAUCAAAGUGCAGAAGGAAGAGUGCAUCUACUGAUAGCUCACCUAGCACCACUGAGCUAGCUAAUGUUAUAGCUCAGCUACAGAGGAUGCCAUUAAUGUUUACAUCUCGUUAUGUCAUGAGCACAAAUGUCUUGUCUGUGAGUCCGUCCUUCUGCACGGCGAUACAGUUGGCAGGUGUAGCUCAGUAGAAAGGAAACAGUUUAUUAUGUACACCUGGCUACAGCUUACACAAUCCAAUUCUACAGCCCUGUAAAAAUCCUAACUUUAUGAAGCUUUUGUUCUGGUAAUUUUGGCCAUAUUUACUGGUGCUACUUCUGUUGCAUGUUAUUAACAUUUUCUUUAAUAUUUGGGGUCUAUAAAAUGAUUGACAAAUAUAGUGCUGCAGGUAUGACAUUUCUUUUUGGAGGCUGAUGCAGAAGUUAGCGUUGCCCUGGUUCCCUCGUCAGAAAGCCUAUCAGAUUUUUCCAUUGGAUUUUUAGUAUUGCACAAAAUAAACCCUGUGGCAAACACAUAUUUAUGCUACUUAAAUAUUUUGUUCAGCUAGAUUAUCUUCACAAAUGAGCAAAGCGUUGGAGUGCUAACAGUGGAUCUUUCUGUAGUCACAGUACAGACCUGUGCACAUUACUUCCAAAACUGAGCAAGGCACUAUUUGAUGGUGUAAUCAAUGGCUAUUCAGCGAAAUAUACCAUAGCCCCGUGUUAUUGCAAUGGAUAGUAUUACAGCAUUAAAGUGUUUAUUGAAUCGUUGAUGUCUUUAAUCUCCAUUAAAGCUGCAGCACAUUUGAUGAAGUGAAGGGUUUAUAACUUCCUGUGGAAUGCUGUGGAUUUCUUCAUAGAGAGAAAAGCAUUAACAGUAGCUACAUGCAUAUCAGAGAGGGAAUCAAACUACAGGAUGCAGGAUACCAUGAUGACGCUCUGUAGUCUCAUACAGCCACUUUUUAACAGCCGCGUAAUUUGCAACACAUAAAAGCUUCAAAAUUUAACCACAGACCUUAUGUCAAGCACCUAAGCAAAGACUUAUUGACUUUAAGACGAGGAAAGCGGGGGUGCUAAAAUGCUAACUCAUUUCCAGGGCUUAGGACUCAUUCCUCCAGAAAUUCUACUACUUUACAUGAGAAAUAUGAAUAAAACCACCACAGAGGCUGCUGCCUUGUAGUGGUUCUUCUGAGACUACAUGGUGUGCAUCACCUCCACUAUACUCCAAAGGAAUAUAGAGAAAAGGCAGAUAAAGCCAUUCCUGCUGCAAAACAGUGUGUUAUUUAUGUAUCUUAUCAUAUCUAAUACAGACUCAGCCUCACAUUUUCAUUAAUAUUCCUCUACCUGUAGCGCGAUGAAUGAUGCGCCUGAGACAUGAAUGAUUUCAGUGUCUGUCUUCUCUUCACUUUAACAGAUGAGUUGACCAAUGUCCCCAGUGUUUGAUGUAUUCCUUUAAAAACAUGAUGGUUUUGGCGUCCAACCAGGGCAGCGUGCUGUAACACCAGUGUUAUCUUUGGUCACUUUUACUUUAAACUACAAAUAAGAUACAGCUGUUUACAUACUGGCUGUAGGUAUAUUGAACUAUGCAGUGUAUUGUAUUGAUGAUGUUUGUAAUGUGUUGAUGAUAGCUUAAUAUACGCACAUUGGUUUACUCACUUUGCUUAAUAAACUGUAAAGGAAUGGAAA